AUGUCGUCCACCACCACCACCACCACCAGCCCCACCCAACGCCCCAUCAUCACCCUCGAGGAACACUUCCUCUCCAAAGCAGCGACCAAACACCCGCACCCUCGCAACGCCGACUUCAAAGCCAUGCCCGACCUGUUUGACCGCUUCACCGAGCUGGGCCCCAAGCGCCUCCAGGACAUGGACCAAGGCCAGGUCACGAUGCAGGUCAUCUCGCACGGGCCGGGCGACCUCACCGCGGCACAGUGCCGAGCGUGCAACGACCAGCUGGCCGAGGCCGUCCGCGCACACCCGGGCCGGUUCGCAGGGUUCGCCGAGCUGCCGAUGGACGAGCCCGACGAGGCGGCGCGGGAGCUCCGGCGGACGUGCGGGCCCGACGCCGGGGUGCGGUUCGUGGGCGCCCUGGUGGACAGCCACACCGAGUCCGGGCUCUACUACGACGGCCCUGCCUUCGACGUCCUGUGGGCCGCCGCCGCGGAGCUCGACGUCCCCAUCUACCUCCACCCGACGUGGCCGUCGGCGCAGCUCACAGAGGCCUACCGCUCCCCGGCCCUGCCCGACGCCGUCACCACGUCCAUCCUGGCGUUCGGCUUCGGCUGGCACAGCGACGUCGCCGUGCACGUGUUGCGCCUGUACGCAGCGGGCGUCUUUGACCGGUUUCCCGGGCUCAAGAUCGUCAUCGGCCACAUGGGCGAGAUGAUCCCCUUUAUGCUGCAGCGCAUCCAGCGCACGUCGGCGCGGUGGGGCCGGGCGAGGUCGUUCCGCGAGGUCUGGGAUAGCAACCUCUGGCUGACGACGAGCGGGAACUGGGCGCUGGACCCGCUGGCGUGUAUCCUGCGGAAUACGAAGCGCGAUCGGAUCAUGUAUAGCGUGGACUACCCUUUUGCCAGGAGCCCGGAUGGGCUGAAGUGGUUGCAGGAGCUGGAAGAGAGCGGUAUGGUCAGCGAGGAAGAGCUGGAGGGCAUUCGCUGGAAGAAUGCCGCCCGGUUGCUCAAGGUAGAUGUGGGCAAGUUGUAGGUCGGUAUGCAAAGCUUAAGUGACAGUAGUAUGACAGGUAUGUAAGUGAACAAUCAGAGCUCUCCCCUCUCCAUGCAAACGAGAUUGUAUUUGGGGUCUGUCGGAAUAUGGCAAGCAGCUCGAGGUAUCAACAGGUAGUUGAAGAUCAUCAUGCUGUUAGCUGUC